AUGCCAGCUACCUCUUUCUUCGCCCGGAAUCAACGCUUCGCGACGGACACAGACACGCCGCUUACCACCUUUGUCACACCAACUCUGCAGGAGGGAGCAGAGUUGAAGGUGUGGGAUAUUGCCUCCGGCCAAGGUGGUCUUCUUCCCAGCCAGUUCGGGCUGAAGUUGUCACCGUCCACGACAACUGAAGACGUGUACGCGGCCUUGGAGGCCUUUGCGGCCGCUGAGUGCAAGAAGACUGCAGAUCGUUGGAUGGCGCAGUGUCAGAAGAAGUACGUGACUGCAAAGAAUGAAACGCAGUUGACUCCGACGCUUAAAGCUUUGUCAUUUCAAGGUGAUGACAUUCCACGCUCUCCCGUGGACGCGGUCGGACAGUUCUUCAAGCAAGGGGCGGAUUUUCAGGCCAAACGGAUUAUCAACGCUUGGGCGACCCAGAUGAACAGAGAUGCUUGCUGCGCCUUGAUGUAG